GGGAGGAGAACUGUUUGUAAACAAUACAAUUCUCCUUCCUGUCAGCUCGUGCACACUGCUUUGGAUGGCUGAGCACAGCACAACCAUCCAAAGCAGUGUGCUUGCAGUGAGGCACACAGACACAGCACUUAGUAAACACACACAGCACGCAGUUAACCCUUUGAUCGCCCCACAUGUUAACACUUUCGUGCCCAGUGUCGGUGCUUUUUUUUUUAGCACUGAUCUCUGUAUUGGUGUCACUGGGGAUGUCAGUGACACCAAGUCAGUUCCCCCCAGUGUCAGAAUGCCCACCGCAGUCCCGCUAUAAGUCGCUGAUCGCCACCGUUACUAGUGACAAAAAA